UGCUCAAAUCUGACUGACUUUCCAGACCCGAUAAAACUUCCACCAAACUGAGUGAUGGCGGCCGUCGUGUCUGUUAGCACAGCUGCCAGAGAUGAAAGCACAGACACAGGACUCAGUUUCGCCUCUCGUCCGCUUCAUGAUAACUACGACCUCGCAUCGGACCACGAAAGCUGGAUGCCCGGAGACCGACGAAAUCCCGAACUCGAACCCGGCGAAGAGGACUCAAUUUCGGACCGCGAGUGUCAGCGGAGGGUCGACGAGGACUUGACAUCACUGAGCCCCGAAGAGAUAGAGAGCCGCUUAGAGAGGACCCGCCGGGAGUUUUACAACCGUAGAAAAAUUAUCAUAAAAAAUCUGCCAUCCGACGUUAGCAAUCAGCAUUUGUGACACUGCUCAAUGGGGAGCAGGCGCAGUGUGCCAUCAAAGAAUUCCACCAGCAUGUGCUACGGGACAGGGAAAUCUCUGUGCAGCUGCAGCCAACAGACGCUCUGCUAUGCAUCGCCAACUUGCCCUGUGCUUUCACCCAGCAGCAGUUUGAGGAGUUGGUGAGACCCUUUGGUAACCUGGAGCGGUGCUUUCUUGUGUACAGCGCCUCCACAGGGCAUUCCAAGGGCUAUGGCUUUGUGGAGUACAUGAAGAAGGACUCGGCGGCCAGGGCCAAGUCAGAGCUAUUAGGAAAGCAACUGGGCUCCCGUAUGCUGUAUGUCCACUGGACUGAGGUGGGCUCCCUCACAUACCCACUGCUGCACUCUAAAUGCCUGUGCGUGGACCGCCUGCCCCCGAGCCUGCUGACUGCCCAGGACCUCCGCAACGCCUUGGCUGACACCCAUGCACCAGUGUUCUGCCAGCUGGCUCAGGGACAAGAUGGAAGUUUUCGACGGUUUGCAGUGUUGGAGUUUGCCACAGCUGAGAUGGCUGAGGAGGCACAGCGACUCACUGAUGGCAGGAUGCUAGGUGGGACCCACAUCAGGGUUUCCUUCUGUGCUCCUGGCCCACCUGGAAGAAGCAUGUUGGCUGCUCUGAUUGCUGCCCAAACCAUGGCUGUGAAUAGGGGUAAGGGUCUCCUCCCUGAUCCCACUGCCAUGCAGAUAUUAACAGGCCUCAACAACCCUGCCACCCUCAAGAUGCUGCUCAACCCACUGUCACAGGGACACAAACAAGGCCUUCUUGGGGCAGCCCCUACAAUGCCCCUGCUGGCCAACCCCGCCCUCUCUGCCGCCCUACUCCAGAUGCUCCUUCAGAACCAGGCCAAGGCCCAGCAGCAAGCCUUUCUGGGAAAUCAUCUUCUUUGGGCUCAGGUGCUGCACAAUAAAGAAAACCCUCUAGUUCCUUGUGCAGGACUCAUUGGGGAGAAUCCUCUGGCUGCUCUGCCUGUCCAGCAGGGAGUCCAUCUGCUCGGAGACCUGCCCCAAGGCGGUGUAGUCGCAGGUCUUGGUCUUCAAACAGAUCCUCUAAACCCCCUAAAGCCAUUGCCACUUGGCAGAGCCCUGGCAAGGGAGCAGGAGUCUCCCACAGCAGCGUGCACAUUCCCCCAGACUUCCUCUCCCACCCUGCAGGGCAUCUCCAUGCCCCUGAUGGGUGGCAUGAUGGGGGCAGAUGGCCUCACAGCACAAGGGGUGUCUAUACUAGGAGAUCCACCCAAGGAUGUUAAUCUUCCCCAGAGUGCCUUCCUCAAUGUCAACAAUGUUUUCCCUUCAGGAGGAAGCUGCAGACCUCACCCCUAUAGGAAGAGGCCAACACUAAGUAAUGUCUCCAACCAGCACACACACCAAAGCAUACAGCCAAAUUACAACCUGCGCUACCAGGAUUCCUACAACCCAGAAUAUCCUCCACUACACCAGGAUCCCCUGGCCCACUUGUAUGAACAGCAAGAGAACCUUGAUACUGGGGCUUUGGCAGGAUUCGGUCAGCAGCUCUCUCGUCACCCUGACUACAGUGAGCGGUUUUCCCACUACGGUUACCCUCCCAGCCCCCCCCUCUCCUACUUCAGCUCAGGGCCUGAGGAUUCCAGUAACGGUAGCCUCCCUACCACCCAGCUCAACAGGGCUGUGGGAAUGCCUCCUGUGAGCCACACUACAAACUACCCUCCAGGCCUGGGGAAUGCAGUGAAGACUCCCAUUGGUAGCCACAAGCGUGUGUUCUCCCGCCUGAUCCCAUCUCCGGAGCCGAGCCCUGAGGGCAGCUAUGUGGGCCAGCACUCCCAGGGCCUUGGUGGCCAUUAUGCAGACUCCUACCUUAAGCGAAAGCGUAUUUUCUAAAUGCAGCUGACUGCUUCUUGCUGUAUGAGUAGCCAUUCAACAGCCAGGACACAAUGGCAUCUCCUCUGGUCUCCUAAUGAACUUGAGCUUGGUGGUCCUUGGAUUUGUCCCCUGUGUACUCCUGUGGGUGACCCCUGGGGGGUGCUGGGGAGUGCAGCCUGUUGCUAUCUGAACAGUUGUGUCACUCUAUGGGAAUUUUUGGUGGUUGUUUUUUUUUUUUCCCUGUUGUGUGU